AUCACGUCAUAUACAAAAUUGCAAAGAGGAUCAAAGAGGAUACAUCAACACAAAAGGAUUGGUCUACAGGUAGAGAGCAGCCAUGGCUAUGCAAGGGACCUCUCUUCUUGUUCCAUCUGUUCAAGAGUUAGUAAAGCAACCCAUAAACAGUGUUCCAGAACGAUACCUUCAACCAAAUCAAGACUCAAUUAUUGUAUCAAACACAAAUUCUUUACCACAAGUUCCUGUUAUAGACCUAUCUAAAUUGUUGUCUGAUGAUGAAUCUGAGCUACAAAAUCUUGACCAAGCAUGCAGAGAAUGGGGUUUCUUCCAGCUGAUUAAUCAUGGAGUGAGCCCUUCAAUUGUUGAAAAUAUGAAGAUAGGUGUUGAAGAAUUGUUCAACCUUCCAAAGGAAGAGAAAAAGAAGUUACAACAGACACCAAAUGAUAUGCAAGGGUUUGGUCAGUUGUUUGUUGUAUCUGAUGAACAAAAGCUUGAAUGGGCAGACUUGUUUUACAUUAACACUUUCCCAUUGGAAUCAAGGCAUCCACAUCUAUUUCCUACUAUUCCCAAACCAUUCAGAGAUCAUCUCGAGACUUAUUGCUUAGAACUGAAAAGAACAGUUGUGAAAAUAAUUGGUAGUAUGGAGAAAACUCUGAAGAUCAAAACGAACGAAAUAGUAGAGUUAUUUGAAGAUGCAAGUCAAGGAAUGAGAAUGAAUUACUACCCUCCAUGUCCUCAACCAGAAAAUGUUAUUGGAUUGAAUCCGCAUUCUGAUUCGGGUGCCCUUACUAUCCUUCUCCAAGUCAAUGAAGUGGAAGGCCUUCAAAUCAGAAAAGAUGGAAUGUGGAUUCCUAUCAAACCUCUCCCUAAUGCCUUCGUCAUCAACAUCGGAGACAUGUUGGAGAUAUUAACCAAUGGAAUUUAUAGAAGCAUUGAGCAUAGAGCAACCAUUAAUGCAAAGAAUGAAAGGAUAUCUAUUGCCGCGUUUAAUAGACCUCAAAUGAGCAAAGUUAUAGGACCAACCCCAAGCCUUAUAACUGCUGAAAGACCUGCUAUGUUCAAUAGAAUUGGAGUAGUUGAUUAUCUUAACGGAUUCAUGUCACGCAAGCUACAAGGAAAAUCAUACUUAGAUGUUGUAAGGAUUCAAAGAGAGACUGGUAAAUAAAUAGUUAAAUUUUAGAGGAGCUUGCAAGAAAAGAAAGAAAAAUAUGUAUAACUAAUCAAUAAAUAAAAGUGGCAAUCAUGCUUUAAGUUAGUUUUAUGUUUGCAGGACAUAUGCUACGUGAUAACACUGAUAACAUAGCGUGGAAUAAUAUCAAAAGUGAAGUAUCUGAUAAAAACCAGCAACAUCAAACAAAGAGAAAAUAUCUGGAUGGUUUAUGUUAAUAUUUGGGAUGCUUAGCAUACUUUGUAAACAUAAAAUAAAUUUCUGUUACUUUAAUAUUUGGGAUGCUUAGUCUGUAAGGCUUAAGAAAAGUUAGAGGGAA